AUGACUUUUGACAUGUCUGUUAAACACAAUAACAUGGCUUCAACGGGCUUUGCAGUCCCGAUCUUUGUGGGGAAUCGGGUCUACCACUCGGGCACAGGUGUCGACUUCAAUCAACGGCAGGCGGCACAACCUCCGAUGACCGCUAGAUCAACCACCAGCCACAAUACUCCACUUACCAUAAGCUAUGAGAUCGGCUUCACACUGAAUUCGACAUCGGGAAGUGGGAUUUCUUCACUAAAACUGUCGUCGACCAACAAUGGUCGAGUGGAUAUAUCUGCCGAAGGGUUUUAUGAUGAUCAAAAAGGACAAGUCUGUAUGAUUGGCUGUAGAAAGCUACACUCCUUUGGUAAGAAUAAGAACUCGAUAAACACUUCUUUUGACUGUGAUAUUAUGGUGAGAUUUCAACUCCCUCGUACCAAUGGAGAUGGCGGAGGUUUUAUGAAGGGAAGUAUUGAGAGCUUACGUAAAGAAACGGACGUUUUGUACUUCGAGCAUCUGGAUGUCUUAUCUCUCACUUACACCACAACUGGAGCAACAAAAUCGCUAUGGAGAAUGGACUUAGAAAUCAUCAUGGUCUUGAUUUCCGACACAUUUUCAUGCAUAUUCAUAGCACGACUACUCUUUCAUGUGAAGAAGAGGCCCGAAAUGGUUUCUUCCAUUUCGGUGUUGAUGAUGUUGAUUCUUGCCUCGGGUCACAUGGUUCCUUUGGUGCUAAACUUUGAGGCCAUGUUCUCAAAUACUCGUAUUCAGAAAGAUAUACCGCUCGGAACCACUGGUGGAUGGCUUGAAAUGAACGAGAUCGUUGUGAGGACUGUGACGAUGGUAUCAUUCAUCUUGCAAUUCCAUCUCCUCCAUUUGACAUGGAGUGCAAAACUCAGAAAUGAUGACGGAAACAGAAAGAAUCCUUGGAUAGCGGAGAUCCAGACUCUCAUCAUCUGUUUGCCAAUAUAUAUCGUGGGUGGUUCAAUGCCUUUGCUAGUGAACUGGAAGAACAAUAAUUACACCAUUCCAAGUCAAGGUUCUAUCUGGGGUGAUCUGAGGUCUUAUGCUGGCUUAAUCCUUGACGGGUUUCUCCUCCCGCAACUCGUACUUAACAUCUUGCAGAUUUCAAAAGGAAAUGCUUUAUCUCACUCUUUUUACUUUGGAACCACUUUCGUUCGACUACUACCUCAUGCAUACGAUCUUUAUUGGGGUCCAAGUAACAUCAGCCACCAGUUUGAUCGGUUGUAUAUAUAUGCAAAUCCGCGAGCAGACUUCUACUCACCUUCUUGGGAUAUCGUCAUUUGUUGUGGAGGCAUAGUGUUUGCCGUCAUCGUAUUCUUGCAGCAACGUUUUGGCGGUCGUUUUAUGUUUCCCAAGUAUGAAAUGGUACCUGCUGCAAGCAAUGAGUAG